AUGGACAUGGAUGACGUCGAGCUUCAAAUAAAUCGAAGAACUUGGACGGCUCUCUUGGAGAUGACCGGACUCCUUGGCGUCGAAGAAGUCGACCAACCGGUUCCGGCCGGUCAGUUUUUCUUGACUUGCUUUGAAGACUGUUUCCAAUUUUUAAAAAAGGUGUCGAGACAAAAAGUGAAACUUUUGAGACAUUAUCAAAAUUUCAUCAUAACUCUCAAGACGAGAAAUUCGUGGUGAAAAAAAUUUUUUUAAUAGAUUUUAGAAAAAAAAAGAACUGGUUUUGAGCCAGAUUUCAUCAGAAGAUCGAGCUGUAAAAAAUAUUCCUACAAAAAAAUGGUCCGUCAUGGUCUUCAUGUAGCAUGCAGUUUACCUUUGAAAAUUCUUCGAGCGGGAAAAUUGAAAAUUUCCCACUAAAGUGACCUUUUAUGUUAGGAAAUGAAGGGGUUCACGGGUUUUCUAUUUUAAAAUUUUCAAAUGAGUAAAAUCUGGCAAGAUUCCCAUUCAUUUCAAGCGACCUACAUCAAUUCUUCUUUCAUUAUAGAAUAUUAAAAAAACUCUUCUGAAAGUAAAGUUAUUAUUUAUAGCAUCAAAAAGAAUGAGCUUUGGAAUCCUUUUGCAUGUUUUUUUUUUGUAAUCGAAGAGUGUUAGUACAAGAUGAUGAGACUAAAAAAAACAGGAUUGACGUAGGCCGCAGCGAAAAUAAAAACUGGUCUUGGCUUGAAAUUUGGCGAAGAUUUAUGAACAAGUAGAGUUGUAGUGAUAUUAUUAAAACGUAGAUUUUGCGUAGUUUUUCAUCUUGAGUAGGUCAAAAUUAAAAGAUUAGUGGUGAUUGUUUUGAUGAGAGGUUUCAGUGACUUUUGCGUUGGAGAAGUUGUUAAAAUAUUUUUUAAUCAUAAAGUUUCUAUAAAGUAUGAAGUUCAAAAAAUAAAAAAUAAUUUCCCGAAUCAAAAAAAAAAAAUUUGAAUUUUUGACAAGUAAGUUAAUAUUUUGCAAUCUGCUUCAGUUUUUUUACGGAAGAAACUGGUUUUUCAUGGAACAAUAAUAAGCUGAUUUUGUCCCAAAAGCAAUUCAAAAAGAAGUUGUGAUACAAACUUCGAAAAUUGUUUGUGGAUCUUUCUAUUUGUCUUUAGUGAUCCUUAACAAAUUUCAAGCAACUCUAGAGGUUUGAACAAGUGAAUUUUUGCAAAAACUCAAGCCGGAAUACUAAGACGAGGUGAUUUCAACUUCGAGCCUAUUUGGACUAGAAGAAAAGAUCGAAAAUACAACUAGAGCACUCCACUUCUGAAGCAAGUUGAGCAUCCAAAAUCCCCGAAGGAGUUUAUGAAAGUUUACGGAAUAAUUUUUUUUUUCGGACCACUCCGUUGCGAAGAUCUUAAACCCGCCCGUUUGAAAUCACACUCUGGAUUUUACAGAAAACGUUCCAUCAACAGAAGAUCUGCUGGCUCGGAAACCGCCGCCAUUUUCCGUGGCAAGUGUGAUUCGGGCCAAGUCUUGUCGGAUCGGAAUGCCAUUCCCUAGAAAUGAUACUCGUCUUGGGUUCAUGACCAUCGAUGGACUCGAACUUGAAUCUGAUGUAAACUUUCAGAAAAAAACAUUAUCUUUCAGAUUGUACGUUAUAGGUGGUUUUGAACGAGCUUCUGGAGACCCUGUCGAUGACUUUAUCAAUGGACGGGAUGAGGGUCGACGACAGGACGCCGCUCUACUCGGAGAUGUACCCGGAGAGACUUGUCCUGGUCGACAGCGACGUCACUGACGUCGUCUCCGCGGCGUCUUCUGCUCAUCGGAAGCCCCUGCCUCGACCGCAGCAGCUGCCUCCUGAACGCCGCGCCAAGAUUCAUAUCAUCAAGUUCUCACAACAACUUGACUAGAGUACAUCCUGACUUGUAGAUACCUCGGCGAAGAUCCCAACAGGGAAUGCGACCUCAAAUUCAAGUUCCAUGUACCUCAGACAAUGCGAUUUUAUUAUGUACAUACACAUCGGUGAUUCUAACUUCUUUUGGUGUAAGAAAAAAGGAGUAUUUUUCAAGAUUCUUCUGCGGUUUGAUGGAUUUUUGGAUGCAGUUCAACGAGCUGCAAGACUUGGUCGCCAAGAGCAAGAAAGUCACGGUAAGAAUAUUUCUUAUCAGGGAGAAAUCGACAUGAAUGAAAAAAUGAGAUGGAAAACCGCGAUGUAGAUUCAAUUGGCAGAGCUCACACGCGCAAGUCAUUUUGAGUCGGGCGCACAUCAAAAAAUUAACUCUAUUGAAAAGCUUGAUUUCAAAACUUACUAAUUUUUUAAAUAAUGAAUGAUAAUCAGGUGAUAGACGGGAUUCGUUCCCGAGUGCUUCUCGACGUCGACGUCGCCUGCACGACGACAAUCGUCAUGCCGAUGAAUCAGACCAGCGACGACGCCAUUUUGUGGCAAUCCGACGGCCUUCGCGUCACCAACAAGUUCCGAAGGCUGAGUGACUUGAGAGCCGAGAUUUUCGACAAGUACUCCAUCGAGACCAAUUAUGGAUAUGGUGGGUUUUGAACGAAAAUUAUGUGAAUAAAAAAAAAUCACUGACCCCACGGAACUUCAGAAUAUUCCGAAGCAGGUCCUCUUGCGAGAACGCAAUAUAUUGCAAAGGCUAAGAUAUAUUCACACCCAGAUCCGCCCCCUUUUUGAAUAAAUUGAAGUUCAGAUAAAUUAUCUUUUUAUCAAUGGGAAAUUUAUCGGGCCUCAAUCUUCGUUUCAUGAAAAUUUGGUUAAAAAAUUUAUAGCCUUAAUCAAAAAAAUGAAAAACUUUUUACACCUUGUAGAUGACUAAGCUAAUGUUAUAAGUCGAGUUUUCUGAGCAUAUACCUCACGUUUGACACCAGAGCUUUCAGACGAAAACAUCGAUUGUUUGCUGGACUACGUGGACUUCGUCCUGACCAACAUGCAAGCCUUCGAGGCGAAACGGCUGCCGAGCAUCGUCGUCACGGCGGCACAACGCAAAAAGUCGCAAUCAGAGAAAGUCGCCUGGCGGACCGUCGGCGCCGACGCGUUCUCGACCUUCUUCUUCGCCGUCUGCCCCCAGAACAUCUUCUCCAAACGCUUCGACCUCGUCACCAAGUUCCUCCGGAAUCUCGACAGCGCCCAGUCUCAUAAUGGUCAUUUUCAACUCUUUUUUAAUAGGAAAAAAGCUUCAAGUUUGAAUUGUGAUGUUCCUCCGACGUUCCUACUGACAAGGGGUUUUUUUUAUUCUUGUAAAAGUGGCGUAUAUAUUCCUGCUUCAUCAUACGUCGGCUGGUAUGUAUCAAUUUUGAGAAACUGUUCCGAAUAUUCUCAUUUUUCCCAUCGAAUUCGGAAGGGACUACUGGAGGCAUAUAAGAAAAACUGAAGCUAUUUUUUUUUGGAUAAUUGAAGGAAUUCAAAAUUAUAAAAUAACUUUCUAAGAGAAAAAAAAAACAGAUGUUUUCUUCCAGUUCCGUUGCUGACCAUCAUCACGAUGGUGUCGAAGCUGAGCUGGAGAAUGACUACGGAUUUCUAUGUCCUAAUGCGAGGCGUUUUGGAGAAAAACUUUGCCGAUCCUCUGAUUCCACCCCCGGAAACAGUUCCCCUCGAAAUCCUCCAAAGACCUGCUGCCGGAUGUGUAAGCCUGAAAAGUUGAGAUUUCAUACAUCUCACUGCAUUUUUACAGGAAAUUACGACCGAGAACAAGUAUUCCACUCUCGCUUUCCGGCUACUGUUUGACAACGUCGAGCUGGACCUUCAAGUUUUCCAAAGUUUCACCGAAAAAUACAGAACUGAUUUGAAAGGUGCCGAAACGGCUCGGAUCAGCGAAGGAAAUGUUCUCGGAACAGUGGUCUCCAUUCGCCAGUGUACAGUUUGAAUCGUCGCGCGUUUCUUUCGACGUCUUCGUCGACGGCCAAAGCGAGCUGGACCUGAUCUGCGAAAGGACCGAACUCAUCGACAUGCGCCAUGGUGAGCAUUCGUGAGCAAGUAUAGAAAUCAGCUAGUCCGGGAGAAGAGUUGGCUUUAUGGAUGGGCAAGUACAGAACAUAGUCAGGCCGGGAGGAGGGGCUGGCUUCUAAAUUUUAUGGAAGAACAGGAAUGUAAUGAAUUUCCACCUCAGGGAGGUAGUUUCAGUGUAAAUCGAUAACACAACUUUUCGUCUCAAGAAGAUAUUAUAACCUUUAAUUCAGAAAAACUUGGGAACAGGAGUCGGCGGCCAUUUGAAAUAGUCUGCCCAUUUAUGGUUGUCUUACGAAAUUCCCCAAAAUAAAUUGGCAAAAAAAUUGUUUUUUUAGGCUUUUUUUAGUUUCUUAUAGCUCAGUUUUAAAGCUUUGUGAUAUUUAUUACAAUAAAUAAGAGAAAAAAAGACAGUUAGCCAUGGAGCAUACUUCCACCAGGCUCGAACGGCUCUUUUUUUCCAGGCUCUAUUGUUCCGUUUUUUUUAGAAAGUGGCUGUUUCUUACGAGUUUUCUGACACAUGCCGUUAAAAAAAAUUAUCUGGAGUUGCAUUUUUUUCAUAAUUUUUUAAAAUUUGUUAAUCGACGUUUUACUACUUUUCAGUAUUGAAAAUCUGAAAAAAUGAACCGUAGCUGAAUGAAAAAAAAAUAAGUCGUUUGAGGUCUACUGGGCAACGGGAAACGAAACUUGUUCCCGAAAAUCCUUCAACAUCGAGACCCGAAACCAGCAUCGUGAGACUCGAUUCUCAGGACCCGAGCGAUAAAUAUAACUAUAUUCAGACCAAAUUCCAGCUCCCUCAUGUCCGAGGCUCAUAUUAUGAUGAAAAAAGACGAGCCGCCCGUUCUGACUUUGAUCCUCUGUAACGCGAAGGUGAUAUUGGCUCCGGAUUGGCUCAACGACGCCAAGGAAUUCGUCCUUUUGUUCACGGAUUUUGUCCCAAAGUGUACGUUUUGGAAAGUUUUGAUUUGAAUUUUGAAGAAAAAAAUUUUCAAUAGCUUUGGCAAAUUUUGGCUAAACAUUUUUUUGAAAGAUUUCGCAGCUUUUAGACAAUUUUUCGUAGUUUUAUGUCAAUUUUUUUCGCAAGGUUUUCAAUUUUUCAACAGGAUUUUUGUCAAUUUCUCUUAGCUUUUUUGAAAGAUUUUUGCAGCUUUUGUCAAUUUUUCAUAGCUUCUUUUCCAAUCUUUCACAGGAUUCUUGACAAUUUUCGUAACUUCUUUGACAAUUUUUCGCUUUUUUCAUUUCAACUUUCUCACUUUUUAUUUAUUUUUUUGAAAAAAGGAAUGUUUUAAGACAGCGACGAGCCUCCAAAACGAGUCUCUUCUGGAAUAUUGACGUCCAGAGACGGGAGUGUCGUGGAGAGAAGCAUGAGCAAUCAGCCGACCGUCUCCGGUGAACAGACUUUCAAUGUCAAAAUCACGUUGAGGUGGUUUUUCGAGUCUAUUUUCUCAAAUUCUAUGAUGAAUUUUGUAAACCAAGCCUAUUUCCUUGAAAUCUAUGUUGCCUUCAUGUUUAAAAAAAAGAGCUGUUUUAUUUUUUUGAAUCAAGUCAUUCUUAUCUUUUUUCCGAAUCAAAUAGGAUGAGAAAAAAGGGUCCUUGCCAAUUUAGGGACUCGGAUCUAUAUUUGUUGGAAAAUCCAGCGGCUGAAAAAUACUUUUCGCGUUGGUCGCUUCGACCACAGCCGUGCUCAACACAAACGACGCUUUCGGGGAGAUUUCGGCCAAUUUGGAGAUUCAGGUUCUUUUUUUCAAAAUAUUAAUUUUUGUAGCAAUGAAAAUGGUACAUAAAACUAUAUUUUUUUCAAUGCGGAGUAAUGCUUCUUUUGAAUUUUCCCAAUAAGAAAAAAAAUAUUUUUUUUUAGAAUGAUACUGUUCUACCACUGAAAAAUACUGUCGAAAUUAUAAUUAGUGGAAAAAAAUAACUUUUCAGAAUUAUUUCUGCAUGAAUCUAUCAAGUUUAUUAAUUUUUUUUAUUGAUUGCGGGACGAUUUUUUUACUUUCAAGUGAGCACUUAAGAGGCAGUAAAAUCACUUGAGGGAUCGUCCAAAAUGUAUUGGUUCAUGAAAAGCUUUCGAGAAUUUUUAUGUGUAAAUUAGGCUCUUAUGGAAGAAAAUAUAAGAAAAAACCUUUUUUCACAUUAAGUUUAUUCACCCCUUCUUUACAAAUUUCAAAGUAUUUUCGAUUUUCCCAAAGAAUUUCAGGUGGGAUUAUUGAGAAAAUCUUCUAAAUUUCCUAGACAAUGACGGUUUCCUGGUGCUCGAUGCAACACGAAAAAGAGACGAGAAACCAGUGCUCGAAUGAUUUUUCGAUAGCCAUCGGAUUGUCCGUGGAGCGCAGAUUCCCCUCGACACUUUCCGCCGCGUCAGUCGACACGGCGCCGAGAAGCCCCAAUGUGAUGCUUUCAACUGGAAUGCAACUUCCCGUUUCGAAACAUGCUCUUGAGGUGAGAAUAUCGCAAACAACUUAUUAUGUUCUCUGCUUACGCUAUGUAGAUCGAUGGGUUAACAGUUCAACGAACCUCCCAUUUUGAGCUGAAAAUAGACGGUUUCAGAAAUUAUUUGUUUCGAGGAUAAACUCGAUUUUUCGUCAGACUGAACAAAACGGCCUGAAGCUUGGUCAGAUUGUAGGGGUCGAUUAUAUAUCGAAAUUAAAUUGAAAAAGACGCUUAUUGAUACUGAUUUGGCGCCCUCUCGAGGCUCCGGGAGCGGUAAAAAAAAUUCUCGGAAUAACGUUCAUCAUACAUGGGAUGAGCGUUACUGGCGAUCACUUUUAACUAAAAAAAAAAUGACUUCUGCCAAUCAAUUGAACUCGAAAAAUUUCAUUUUUGAUUUUUUUUUUUUUAUAAGAUUGGACUAGCGCCGCCCAGCGCGCACCCUUAAAGUUUUUUCACGGUUUUUGCUGCCCCCCCCCCGCCCCCCUUUCUCGUUUUUCUGCCAAGUUCUAUCCCCUUUUUGAGGUCCCACAGAGAAUAUCCCAUGUAUGACGUUUAUAUGCUUUAUGAAAAUUCUAUAUUUAUUUCAAAAAUUUUAUUUGAAGCCAUAAUAAUGCGGUGUGGGGUGUGGAAGUGAAAAAGUUGCUUCUAGCCCACGCAUGCACCUCCGCCUCUAAAAAAGAUGAUUUUUCAAAGUGUAAAUUUAGGACUUCUUGAAAUACUUUUAAAAAAAGGGGAAUUUUGAGAAAGUUUGCCUUUCUAGUAAAAAAAAUUCAAAUUCAUUCUUCACUUUUUUUCACUCUGAAAACUUGAAAAAUAAAAAAAUUCGCAUCUUCAGAACGGCGACAACACUGACAUUUUGAUGGAGGUAAAAUUCGUGGGAGAAAUUUCAUUAUUUUUUUCAGUUUUUUUGGGAUUUGGGGCUUUUUUCAUUAAUUUUGUUUCAGCUUAAAGUUUGAUUUUAUGUAACCCUGAUACUUUCUUCAUCCAAGUUUUAUCAAGCUACGAGUUCAGAUCGAAUUCCGGAAGAUGAUCGGCAAAAUGUCGUACAAAGACGCACGGGUACUGAAAGCUGUUAUGACCGGUUAUGAGAAAUACGUUAACGAAAGCCUCGGAAAAUCGCUCAUACCGAUUAUUGUGCCGAAAGGACCGCCGAAAUGUAAUAUUUUUCGAUUUCGAGAUGGAAAUAAAAGGCUUUUGCAGCUGUGAAUAUCGGGAAGUUGGCGGUGAAGACGGAACACGCCGAUUUGUGGAUUCUCGACGAUUUCCAGGGCAGCACUAUUCCGCUCCUUCGGUUCUCCGUUUCAAGUGAGACGUUUAGCAGAAAAUUCAAAAAUUUGUAACUUUAUUUAUUAUCGACUGAGCUUGGGCAGGCAAUUAUGAAAGUUCGGACGGUACUUUUUUGGAAAUGAAGGCCGUUUUCUGCAUUUGUGAAACAAGGCCUUCACGAGUAUUAGGACGUUAAUUUUUUGAUUUUUCUUCCAAUAAUAUGAUUUUUGAUCUAUUCAUUACAAAAAAAUUGACUCGGUUCAAUUUUUUUUACUUUUAAAAAAUACAAAAAAAUUUUUUUGAAAAAAAAUUUUUUUAAAAGCAAGAUUUAGUGUGAAAUUUAAGAUCUGCUGAGAAUAGACCUUCUCCACGUUGUUUUUUUACGGAAAUAAAAAAAUCGGAAAUGAGAAAAAAAUGUUUUGAAACGAUACAUAAUAAGGCCUAACUUCUCAAAAAAUUACCGUUUUAACCUGACGAUUUUUAAAAUUGCCCUCGGUCAUCAGUUUGAAAGUAUAAAUUUUUCAGAAUAAAUUUUUUUUUUAACGGAGCCUCUUUUCAGACUUGUCGGUAGAAAAAGUCGGCGAUCGGCUGAAAUCGUCUCUGACUUUCUCGGCUGACUACUUCAACCAGAAAGUCUUCGGCUGGGAGCCCCUCAUCGAGAAAUGGCGCAUUUUGAGAUUCCUGUCUCAUGUCAAAGACCGAAAUCACACUAUUGAGCUCGUUACCGGUGAGUUUUACGGCAGGAAAAAAAAUUUCAUUUGAGAGGAGGCUGAAUUUUUUUUUUUUGAGUUUAGAUCAACUACUCAGAGAUAUCAAAACAAUUGCUUACCGUAACCUAUUAACCGCAAAAAAGCCAGAUAUUUCAAGUUUGUUUCAAUCAGAAGCUUUCAUGAUGCGCAUUUUAUGAGGAUUUCUGAAGAAGUUCGAAAAACAAUGUUCUUAAUAAAGCAAAUUUUUUUUCUUGCUUUGAACUCAUAUUUGUUUGGAAAGUAGGAGCUUUUGCAUAACUUCAAGUGGACCGUUUGUUCAAAAACUGGAAGCCCAAAAGUCUGGCAUUGACGUUUCGAACACCUCUGAUUUCUGAAAAUUUUUUUUGUUCACCUAUAGUUCCGAGUAUAAUUCCAUUUUGACAGAAACGAAAAGCGCCUUGGAUAUCAAUAUAACGGAGCAAUUGGUCCAACAAGCGAUGCAGUUCAGCAGCCGAUGGCCGGCCAUUAGAGCUUCUUUCGAACGGGAUGAUUUCAGGUAUCAAGACUUGUGUUCAAGGGGAAAAUUGCGCUUCAAAAAUUGUUCAUCCAGCCAAACUAUUUUGAGGCCAGUAGUGAGAUAAGCAAUAUUCGAAUGUUUUUCAUACAGAAGGAGUUUUUUUAACAGAAACUUUUUCAAAAAUUCUCUUUUUUUCAGGGUUUCAUCAGUAUGGAAUAAAUCUCUUUGAAGACAGGUGGAACUUAGCAAUUUCCCAUUUGAAACUGGGUUUUUUUCUGUAUAAAAAUUUAGUUUUAAAACUUUAGUUUUAAAACCCCAUUCGAAAGACGAUUUUCUGAAAUUUUUGCGAAAAUGUUAUAUUUCCCCAUCUCUUUUCAGAAACAACUGUGUUCGAACCCGGUCUGAUCAUCUACCGUACGUUAUGAGAAACGAAACUGGUCGAGAUUUGGCAUUCACGACAGCGGUUGAUGACGUCAUCAACGCUCGAAACGAGCAAAGAAGGGCCGCGAUCAGAUGGACCGACGUUCCGAGAGGCGCCGAGAAGACUUUCGAAUUCCCGACCCGGUUGCUCUACUCGGUACGGCUUGGGUUACUGUAUCCUUCAAGGAAAAAUACAUGAAAGAGCUGUCGAAAAGGGAUUAAAGAUUAAAAUCAGAAGUUUUCAGUAAUUUAUAACCAAAUUGUGUGAUCUCCUCAAUUUUAUUUCAUUUCACCACAAAGAGAACCUUUCCAAGUCUUCCAGUAAUAUCUUAUUGUUUAACUUGUGCCCCUCGAUUUAUCGAAAUCUCCUCUUCUUGUAGCACCUGGAACGAGAACCGCCACGACAAUUGAUCGUGAGGGUCGCCGGCUGGGAUGAAAUCUCGCCGGUCAACGUCGACGCCUGCGGCACAUAUUUCCGGAUCAUCAAGGCUCUCAAGGUUCGAUUGGAAAGAUACAGUACUGGCCAUAAAGGUAUUUCAAAGUGGUUAUUCGAGCAUAACUUCUCUGAAAGUGGCUCAAAUGACUUGAAACUUUGCAAAAAUUUCAAAUAGCUACGCAGUAACUUUUUCCCAAAAAAAGAACUCAUUUGCUCAAGUCAGACCGGAUUUGGGAGCAAAAAACCAAAAAUCGUGAGAAUCAAGAUUUUUCUCUUGACAUUCGAAAAAUCUUAUCUUCAAAGAAACUUCGUUUUCGAAUCAGAAACUUUUUUCCCCAGUAAAACAAGUCUUCGGCUUUCCGAAAAACCUAAUCAGCCCCUCACCAACCCGAUAGUAAGAGCGUAGUGACUUUUUCUUCGAAAGGCCCUUGCGUUUUGAAGCCUCCUCAUUCAAAUGGACUAUACGAGGUCAUUUUUGUUUGAGAACACCCUGUAUCAUGUUGAAAAACUUUGAAACACCCUCAAAAAUAGUUUUACAUUGAUUUCUUCAGCUUUCUCACUUUAUCUGCUCUCCAGAACUCACUAACUUCACUAGGACCGAUUUUGAAACCUCUGAUUCGAAAAGUUUUUCUGGACUUACGGACAUUCAAAGCAGUUUUUGUCGGAUCAAUCGCUUUUCAAUCGUGAACUCGAGAAUAAAUAAUGGCCAAAUUGCAGUCUCCUACUUCCUGAAGACUGCUAAUUUUUUUGCUGAAGCAUUAGUUUCACAAGACCAAAAACUUAUUUUCCCAUAAAGUUUAAAGAAACUUUUUACAGUGCCUAUCUUCGAUCUGAGAGCUAGAAAAAGGAGUUACAAAUUUAUCUCAUGAUCUAAAACAUUUAAAAAUAUGAAAAAAAGGGUUUUUAUCAUCUUCCACAAGAUUUGGAGCUCUCUAAGCAACACUUGCUGGAACGAAGUUUUGAGAACUUUAAGAAACUCAUUAUAACUCACUAUAUCUUUUGAAUAAGUAAGCAAAACACAGUGGGUCUUCUUUUAUUUUUAUUCAUCAAAGUUCUGAAGAAGCUCUGAAAUCUGAAAUGAGAAAUCGAGAAUGUUCUGAUUUUGAAAAAGGAGCAUAACCGCUUCAAAUCAGAGAUUUCAAAAUCGGUCCUAGUGAAGUUAGUGAGUUCUGGAGAGCAGAUAAAGUGAGAAAGCUGAAGAAAUCAGUGUAAAACUAUUUUUGAGGGUGUUUCAAAAUUUUUCAACAUGAUACAGGGUGUUCUCAAACAAAAAUGACCUCGUAUAGUCCAUUUGAAUGAGGAGGCUUCAAAACGCAAGGGCCUUUCGAAGAAAAAGUCACUACGCUCUUACUAUCGGGUUGGUGAGGGGCUGAUUAGGUUUUUUGGAAAGCCGAAGACUUUUUUUACUGGGGAAAAAAGUUUCUGGUUCGAAAACGAAGUUUCUUUGAAGAUAUGAUUUUUCGAAUCUCAAGAGAAAAAUCUUGACUUUCACGAUUUUUGGUUUUUUGCUCCCAAAUCCGGUCUGACUUGAGCAAAUGAGUUUUUUUUUUGGGAAAAAGUUACUGCGUAGCUAUUUGAAAUUUUUGCAAAGUUUCAAGUCAUUUGAGCCACUUUCAGAGAAGUUAUGCUCAAAUAACCACUUUGAAAUAUCUUUAUGGCCAGUACUGUAAGAUCAGAAGCUCGAAACACUUGGUUUCACUCAAAUCGAAGCAUUUUUAAAGAAGUCAUGGAUUUUUUAACUUUCUAAACGUUGCAAACUAGAAGCGCAUUUUUCUGGCUCAAAAAGCUUUUCGUGUUUCAUAUCCAAAUUUACGCUCAGAAAUUUUAGCAGCUGGUUUGGCUUGAUUUGGGCAUCUUGAAGAGAGUUAUGAAUUUUGAAACUUUUGGCUUGGAAAAUUCAAAAUUUAUUUUUGGGCUCAAAACGCUUUUUGUGCUCCAAAUCUAAAGUUAUAGGGAAGAGCUUAGGCUCCCAAAUCUCAAAAAGUUGGUUUGACCUGAAUCGGAGCAAUUUGGAUGGAGUUGUGUAUUUUCAAAAUUUUUCAAAGCUGAUUUGUUUUUUUUUUAUGUUCAUGAAUUGGAAAACUUGAGCAACUCGACAGAUAGAAAAAAAAAUGACAAUUUGCAGCCGGAGCUUCGAAAUGCGCGACUUUUGAUAGCCGUGACGAUGGAGAAGGAUGGAAAGAAGUUGGUGACGAUCCGUUCUUCGCUCGACGUAACCAACGACUUGCCCCAUCCUAUCGCAGUCCUGACUGAAGGAACAAGUAAGCUUCAGAAUCCUACAAGUUGUAUUACACUUGCAAGAACAAAAGUACCCCAAACGGGCGUGAAAAGGGAGCUAUGAGAGUUCCGUUUCAUUUCCUUUAUCAAACCGCUUUCAAUCGAUACGGAGGGUUCAAGAAAAUAUGGAAAAGGGGUCGUUUCAAGUGAAAAUAAAAACAUAUAAGGAACUCCAUUUCAAGCCCUUUAUCAAAUCUCUCAAUUUCGCCGAGACUUUGAAACCUACAAAAGGUUGGAAAAGGCUGUAAAAAGGGACAAUAUAGGCUGAUUGAUCGAACCUUUUUCUAUCUUUUCUAGAAACACUUCUAAUACAUUUAGGACAUUCCUAGUGUAGUGUAAUAUAAUACACAAUAUACAUUUAUCGCUUUUAUAAAUUUUUUUUUGGCCUUCCGAUUCGAGAUGUUUCAAAAAGAUCCAAAAGAAAAGAUUAUUGAGCGAAGAUUUCAGCGAACUUUGCAUGGUUUUUCGGUAAAAAAAGAAAACGAAACAGGCGACUUCGUCAGUAUAUAAGCUUUUUCAGAGCAUACAUAGGAUGAGCAUGAAUCGCGAAACAGCCAACCCCCCGCCCCCCAUUUGAAUCACUAUCAAUCAAUUGAGCUUUACAAAAUUAAUUUUUUUUUUUUUUAUACAUGAAUGUUUGAUAUGUUUUUUUAUAAGAUCGGACUAGCCUCGUCCAGCGCGCACCUUGAAAACGUCUCCUCGUUUUUUGCCAAGUCCCCCCGCCCUUUUUUUCAGGUCCCACCGAGACAUUUGUGUUUCAGAGGGAGAACUGAUGACGAUUGAACCCUCCGGAUGUGUCUCGAUCCCGUUGGAAUUCGCCCACGCACAACUUUCAGUCUAUCCUGUUGGUCAUGUCCAUGUCGCUGAACAGGUUUGGAAAGGAUAUGCCAUCGUAAAUCAACAUUGGCGUUUUGGAAAUUUUGCAAAUUUAUUCAGAACUCUUUCUUACACCUUCCACCUUGCAGAUUCUAUCUGAUUUUUUUUUUUUGCUUAGCAGAGAAACAGCAAUUCGGUGAAAGAACGAACACCCUUGUAGAGUUGUAGAGUCACAAAUAGAAAAAAUGAUUCAUAAAGGUAAGUUAUAUUUACUGUUGAAUUUAGGCGAAAAUCUCUUGGGUGAAAGUGAGGACGCCGGGCGAAGUCGUGAACCAGACCCAACGACUUCGUACUCACUCCAAUAUUCAGAAUAGUUUUUAUUGGUUCGUUUUUUUCUGAAUAAUGAGGAAAAUAUCUCCAGUCUUUCACAUAAAAUUCAGGCUUUGCACGGCAGUACGACGGGAGUACUACCCAGAACAAGAAUAUGAGUCGAUUCCCGGCCAUUCGGUCCAUAUUGUAGCCCCGCUUACUUUACAGGUUAUUAUUGUGUCCCAGAAGGCUCAGAAAAAUGAAAGAUGAGUUUAGAAUCUCCUACCCAUCGACAUGGAGGUCAUCAUUCAGGAUAGCACAUUUGCCAUAGCCGCCGGAAAGUCUUUGAUGAUCACAACGGUGAAUUGGCUUCUGGAUUGAUUUAUUUUUGGGAACCUAGUAGUUAAAAAAAAAUUCUUUCUCAUAAUGAUUAAUCGUCUUGAAAGUCGGUAGGGCUGUUUAGGGUUUUGAGAAGGUCUUCAGGGCUCUUGAGGGCUUCAAGGAGGUCGUUAGAGCUCUUUAGGGCUUCAAAAAGGUCAUUUAAACUUUUUAGGGCUUCAAGAAGGUCGUUAGGGCUUCAAGAAGGUCGUUAGGGCUUUUGGGGCUUCAAUGAGGUCGUUAGGGCUCUUUAGGACUUCUAGACGGCCGUUAGGGCUCUUUAGGACGUUUUGUUGUGUUUAGGGCUUCAAGAAGGUCGUUAAGGCUUUUUGGGGCUUCAAUGAGGUCGUUUGGGCUCUUUAGGACUUCUAGACGGCCGUUAGGGCUCUUUAGGACGUUUUGUUGUGUUUAGGGCUUCAAGAAGGUCGUUAAGGCUUUUUGGGGCUUCAAUGAGGUCGUUUGGGCUCUUUAGGACUUCUAGACGGCCGUUAGGGCUCUUUAGGACGUUUUGUUGUGUUUAGGGCUUCAAGAAGGUCGGGAGGGCUCUUUAAGAAGUUUUGUUUCGAAAUAGGCUAUUUUGAACCUUUUUUUUUAAAUUUAAAAAUAACUACAUAUUCCCUUUAAAGAGGUUUUAUCCUAUUUUCCAGGUCGACAUAACCAAGGAAGUGUCGCUGAACGUGGCGACGGACCGAUUGACCACGGUCCAGCCUGUCACCAUCCAGAAAAGCCAAAUCAACGAAGGAUUAUUGUUGCCGAUCCGACUAAGCGACUCGAAACAUCGGCCCCUGGAUAUGUACGCCCAUGUCCGACUCGGCAUCGGACACUCGAUUUUCGUCGCCUUCUGGGUCCCCUACUGGAUCGUCAACAAGUCCGGUGCGAGUUUUUGCGGGGAUUGUAGAUUUUUGGAACAUUUUGAAGUCAUCGCUCAAACUUUUCAGUUUUGAAAGCCUGCCAAAAAUCUUAAAAGUAGUAAAAAGAGAUCCUGAAAGCUUCAAUCUGCUGAACUUGCUUAUUUUCGAAAAGCAAGGCUCGAAAUCUAAAGAAAACGGCGUUUUAUAGGGUUUUCCGUCUUUAAGGUGUUCUUUAUCGAAAAAUAGAGAUUAGACAAGUCCAGACUCUCAGAAUAUCUUCAUUUGAUACAUCAAAGAACUUCCUGACUAAAAAAUGAGCAAUAUUUUAUACUCAAUUUUCCUUUUUUCUCAGGAUUGCCAUUGGUCGUUCAGCAAGACGCCUCUCGUGUCGACGCUGCUGGCCAAAUGCCAGAACAUGAACGAGCCAAGGACAAGAAUCCCCUGAUGUUCAGCCUCGCCGACGAAAAUUGCCCCAAGGCGUUAGUUUUGGUCGAUUUUUUGAAGUUGAACAGGCGUGGGAAAGUAUGGACCUUAAAAUAUUCAGGAGGAAAGUUGGACCCGAGAAACUUUCAGAAAUAAAGGAAUUUUAACGUCAGGAGGUAGAAGUGACUUUAGUUCAUUGUUCAUUAUUGAGAUACAGGGUUUAAAAUGUAUGCCCAUGUAAAGUUCUAAAAGAAAUAAAAAAAAAUUAGGAAUAUGGCUUUUUUUUUCAGGAAAAAAUUGGGGGAAGCUUCAUAAUUUUUUCAGAUCUGAGUAAAACCGGCAAAUAGAAAAAAAACCAGAAAUUUUCAAAAAUACGCUCCAUAAAUUUGCAGAUGCCGCGUACGGCUUGGCAACGAGUUUGUGAGAGAACCCGGCUAUACUCCGAUACUCAGCGAGAAAUUCUUCCUGGCUCCCGGAGUUCAAGCUCUUAAACUUCGAGUGGAACACAAAACCUUGCCGACUCUUUAUUAUAACGUUGGAGUGGAAGUUCGAGCUGGAACUGGUCGGUACAAAGACACGCAGGUUGGAUGUUGAUUCAAUUUUUGAAGUAGGGAGGGGAAGAGCAUCCAGAAGAAAAAAAAUUGAAGGGAAAAGUUUCAAAAUAUUAUAAAUACUACUCACUGAUUUUAAGUUUUUCUCCGAAUUUUUGGUUUCAGAGGGUUCAAAAGGUAGCGUAAUCGGUUAGGAUCGAAUUCUACAAAAAGGCAAAACACGGUUUAAAAUUCACUUUUUUGAACCGUCUGAACUUCGGUAAUACUCUAUCCAAGGAAUAACUAAAUUAAAAUUUCUAAACAUUAAAUGAAACGAGACUCAGGCUCUGCUUUUGAAAAUUGUCAUAAAAAACUUAUUUUCUACUUUUGGAUGUAUCACAAUUCACGCAGAAACCCAGUUCACUAGACUUCCAUGUCAUUUUUUUAUGUACUAAUUUUGAUGAGUUUUUCUGUUCAGUGCACACUCAAAAGAUGAAUUCAGGUCGUUUUGAUCACUUCCCGAUUCGUCCUGCAAAAUCAGUCGUCUUUUUCCCUCAUGGUCUGCCAUCAUGACCUCAUUGAUGUUCGUUUUCACUUCAUUACUUGUAUUUUGUUCAGUUUAUUAAAGGCGCAGGGUAAUAUCCAGAUUACAGAUCGAGUCUGGGUUAUGCUCCUUUAAACGCACAGAAAGGCAUUUUUUUGUUGACAAAAAAAUCAUGACACCGAUCAAGGUCAUUCGAGUCAUUACUUUUUUUAUAAUAUUGUAAUUUUCUGAAUUCCAAAUUGAUUUUUGAUCCUUUAAAAGUUCCAAAAAGUCAUUUUGCGAUCGCUCAGAAGUACUUUUUGGCUCUAUAAACUUCAGGAAAACGUUUCGUCUCAAUACCUUUACAAUUUUUGAAUGAUAUGAGCCUUUAAACGCCUUAGGAAGCUUUGAAAAAAAAGCAGUAGUAUUUCAGAAGAAUAUUUUCUAUUCCCAGAAACCAAAAGAACACGCCCAUCUGGCCGCUCAAUCCUCGUUGACUUGGAACGAGAAUUUCGCCGAAAGAAGAAAGUUGUGUGUUCGACGGGCCGAUGUGAAACACUGGAGUUGUCCCUUCCUCAUUGAUCGAAUCGGAUCCUACCAUGUUACCAUGAGGUAAAAAGUGUUUUUCGUGGUAAAGGCACCUAAAAAACGGUUUCUAGAAGUUGGAACUUUGAAAAUUUAGCCGGAAAAAGGUUCUAGGGCGUUUUUUACAGUCACACCAAAAAUCGAAAUCCUUGUAAGAAUAUAUCCUGUUGAGAUUUUGAAUGUCAAGUCGUCGCUCAAGCUCCGCCCCAUAAUGGCGCGGUAAACCAAUCAGAGAGCGAGCCAUCCACAGAGCGUCUUCGAAUGACGUCAUUGAGCUUGAAGUUCAAAAUCUGAACGGAAUAUAGAGUUGAAAAAACGAAAAGUUGUGAAAUUUUCACUUCUAAUGUUAUGUAAGAAGGACUCCUGUUUCAAAGUGAGAUUUUAAUGCAUUUUUUUUGGCGAGGUUCUGUUUUCUGUAGGUUCGUAUACAAAUUUUUCUCAUUUUUUAUAGAAGUUGAAAAAGAUUUCAAGGUCUUCGGUUCUCCAGUGUUUGACUCUUCGCCGAAGCGAAUCUAUGUUUUUUUUUUAAUGAAAAAUCUUUUUCAAUAAUAAUUUUAGAAAUUUUUGAAUAUUGAUAUGAUUUAUAUUAGUAAAUAUAUGGUAAAUCUCAAAAAGUUGGCAAAAAAAUUGUUCGCUCUGGGAAGGAGUCGAAUCUGUGACCUUGAAGAUUUCAUAAAAAAAUGAGUGUAUUAUUGAAUUUUUUUGCAAAUUGAUAGUUAUAAGCCAAUAAAAAGAAAGAAAGUUGAACAAUUUCAGUUUCUAUCGUUCAAAAUUUUCAUCUGACUUUAUUAGAUUUUUUUUCUAUAAAUCCACUUCUGACAUUGGUUUUUGAAGCUCAAGAUCUGAAUAAUUCGACAAGGCUCUCAUAAAAAAAAGUUAUUACUUCAAAAAUUUGUUCUACGAAUCAUGUUUUUUUUUAGUUUCGAAAAUGUUUUACGUCUGAGUUCAGAGAUUCCGAUGAGACACCGAGGUUCAUCCGAGUGGAAAUCAUCCUCAGCAGCGCCGUUUUCAACAUCACCUUCACUGAUGCUGAUUAUUAUCCUGCCCCGAUUCGAAUCGACAAUCGGACGGAUGUUGGCUUGCAAAUGAGAAAGAAGACAAUUUGUGGAUUUUGAAGGUGCCCAUUCUGUAUCAACAGCAGUGCACGACGCCGGCCAGCCAGCAUUUGAGAACGAUUUGCAAGGCGCGGAGCCAUGUCGACUACGCCUGGGACGAUCUCUACGGGCUGAAACGGGUCGUUUUGCAGGUCAUUUGAGGGGUUUUUUUUUUUUGCGAAAAAAGGGGAUUUAAACCUUUUCAAUGAAUGCUAGAAGAGCGGAAAAUGUGUGAGCGCCAAAAAACAGUCUGGAGCUUCAAAAUUGCAAAAAUUGCUUCCAUUUCAACUACGCCUGAGACGAUCUCUACAGACUAAAAUAGGUCGUUCUGCAGAUUAUUAGGGGUUUUUUCGUGAAAUAAAUCAAUUUUACUUCUCAAAUAUAUUGUAGAAGAGCGAAAACUGUCUAACUGCGGCCAAAAAUAAAGCUUCGAGGAUGAAAAUCGCAAAAAAUUAGUUUCGAAACAAUUUUUUGAAAAAACGGCUGCGUAGGCCCAUGGAAAAUUUGGUCUAUGGGUCGGUUUGAAACUUUGGAACAGAAAUUAAAAAUUGAACCUGGAAAAGAUGGACUGUUUUUUCAGAAGAAGCUAAAAUGAAAACGCGGUUUGCCAUAUUUUUGUUUAAAAGAAGAGAUAUUUUUGAAAAAAUGAGCAAAAGCCUGAUUAGAAUGUGCUCCAUCACUAACUUUGCGAAUUUUUUUAAAUUUUGCAAAUUUUACUUUAAUUUUUCAAAAAAUUAAGAUUAUUUCCUAGUGAUCUGGAAUUCUGGUUCAGUUUUUAAUUUUUUUCUAUACAUGCUCAUAUUUUUGGAAAUUUAUUGUUACUGAUUGAAAAUUAGGCGCAGACUUUUUCUGCGCCAUGAAUCUUUUCUAGGCUGAAUGUUGUUUGAAAUUUCAUUAAUUUGUUUUCUCUUUGGUCGUUUCAUGAGAAAAUUCACCGUUGUUUCUCAUACUUUAUCACUUUUUUUUCAGGUUUAUGAGAACCGGAGCAAAGCCUAUGACAUCCUUGUACCUGGCGCUCGAGAGCCUCUGGUUUAUGAGAAUUAUUCAUUCAUUCAGCUCACCCAGUCUUUCAAAAAGUUCUAACUCCAUCUAGUUACAGUUAAACUCAAUUUGUUUCAGCGCGAAAAUGGCUAAGGAAACUGACAAAUGCGAGUUGGUUCUUGAGACGAUGCAAAAGGGAAAAGUGAUGCUCAACAAGCAGAAUCGAACCGAUGGGAAGUGGGUCCAAUUUCGUUUUUUGGAUGCAAUAGAGCAAGAAAACUUGAUUAUUGAUAUUAUUCAGAAUGAGGUUAAGGAACUAUUGAAUGACGCCAUGAAAACUUCAAUUUUUUGAUAUUUUUCCUUUUAUUAAAGCUAAAAUUCCUGUGACUUUUUGAUCUACUGCGUCUGAAAUUUUCAGACUAAUUUUAUUUUCUGUUGAACCGAUUUUUUGUGAGAGAAAAGCUAAUCUUCGAGAAAGAUGACUUUUUUGAAAACAAAAGUUUGAUUUUUCGACCAGUAGGCUUUUUUCAGCAAACUUGAUCUGUGGGAAAUAUUAUAUGCCAUUUUACUCGAACCUCGGUAACGAUACCCGGAAGCGCUCCGGACGAUUCUGAGUUAUUCUAGGGAUCCCUUGAAAGUUCUGACGCUACUAAAGUGGUCACUAGAAAUGCCCCGACACUUCCGGUUCGCGUUACCAAAGUUCGAGUACUUUUUUUUUCUGGAAUGGGUUCUCUUGGCGCAGUUUUGGCGAUUUCAAAUAUUUCUUCACAGGGAAAGUCCAAACGACCUUAAAAAGGCCUUUAAAAGAAAAUCCUAAAGCUCCUUUUCAAGUCCCUAAAAAGGUGUCAAAGUUUCUCGGAAUUUUUUUUUUCCACCUUUUUACCGUCUUUUUUUUAAACCUCCUUAAAAGGUCUAGAAAAAAAGGCGACUUUGAAGCGACUUCGAAGUUUUGAGAUUUAACCCGCGUUUACAGAUUCGAAAAUAUAUGAAAUUAAAAGAUCGACACUCCCGUUUGUUCAGCUCGUAAACUCCAAAUUUUCAAAAUUUUUUUAUCAAAAAAAAAAUCUGAUUAGUACUCGAUUUCAGUAGCGGGAAUCAACUGUGGAAACUGUGCAAAGAUGGAUGCAUUGUGAACGUCGGAAUGAACAUGAGAGCGAAAGGCGACGAGAGGAUGGUCCUGGACGUCCUGGAGAAGGCCGGCCACCGACUCAUGAUGAUGCAUCGGGAUCCGGCCCGAGACCGCUUCCAACGGUGGACCGUCAUGCCAGUUCGUAAAAGAAGAAACUAUUCAAAACAAAACUAGAGGAUUAGAAAGAAAAUAACCUUACAUCUUUGCUGCCUCAACUAAAAUAUACUUUUCAAUCCUACUUUGGAGAAGAGAAACGAAAAUGUUGUCAGGACGGACGGAUAUGCCUCCAAGCGAUGCCAAACCUCAUGAUGACGCCCAAACAAACGGAAGUCUGUGUCGCCGAACACGACAGAGACGUCGCCAGGGGCGCGGAUGGCGUUGCUGUUAACCAGGUACUCUUUAGGAGAUGAUCGAAAAUCAUAUUUUAAUAUCAAAAAGAAACAUAGAUAAAGUAGCGUUUUUGGAAGAGAAACUUUCAAAGUACGAAGGAUGCGGAGUUUUUCAAAUUUCAGCAAUAGACAAAAAUAAUGAAAUUUGUGAGCUUUUUCAAGUAAACAUCACAUUUCAGAAAGUAGUGUGAACGGUUUAUCGAUAAAUAAACGAUGACUUAACUUUGCAGAUUCUUUGCUAAAUUUUGUGUAAGGCUACUUACGGCGUUUUUAUUGGUAGAAAAUGCAAAAAAUGAAAGAGGCGUGAUCAAAACCUCCGCCGUCCCCACGUAACGUCAUGAGAAACAAGCGCAAACAUCAGGGAAUAUUAAAAGCGAAUGUUCAAUGGGUCAUGAGACGAAUCGAUUUCUCAUCAGAGUGAGAAACAUAACUGAAUUUCGGAAAUUCAGAGAUGAUUUUGAAUUUCGCGAAAAUUACUUUAAACACGGUAUGUGCGAUAGCGCCGCAGUGCAUGCACACGAUACACACAAUUUACAGAAAAAUGCUCUUUUUGACUUUCAAGAAGCAAAAUUGAGUCUACCUUUUCCGGUAAACCACGGUGAAUGUAUUUUAAUCACCCGCUUCUUGUACGUAGCUCCAGUUUGGAAGAAACAAACCGAUUUUUUUCAAAACCCACUUUUUUCCCGUUUUGGCGAUUCCAAAGACUAAGGCAGGUUAAAAGUAGCAGAAGUCUAAGGAAUAAUGAUGAAACUUAAGCUUAUCCGAGAAAAAAUUUCAGUUCAGGCGUCGUAUGAAAGAAAGUAGUGAACAAUUUACCAAGAAACGGGAGGAAGACUUUUCGAAAUGCUAUAAAGAAAAGCUCAGAAUUAAAGAUCAAGUUUGAGCAUUCACUAUUUUCUUGCAUAUGGCCCCAGAUCGCAAGAAAAAAAAAUAAUCUUUUUCAAAAUCUCUUUUUUAUUUAGUCUUGGCGAUUCCAAAGACAAAGGCCGGGCAGUGGAGUCCUCGACGUGGAAUGUCUUCACAGCGGUCCCACUGUGGUUUAUUUCAAGCCUUAUCAUCUUUCAAAAAAAUAUUUCCCGUUAAGGUUAUCCGUAUAACGGAUCGAGAACAACAGACCCGCUCUAUAUCCGAACCACUGAUCCCAAUUUCUUCACUUGGUUUGUCCAUUUUAAAAUUUUUUUUUUCAGACUAUUUUCCUGAGGUUUUCCGUUUCACAUAGAUUGGGAAAUAGACAAAUUUAUUUUUUUGGUAUACGUCCGUCAAAAAAAGGGAUUCUUCAAAAACAGGACAAUAUAAUUUCCUUCAGGUGUACUCGAUAUCAGUAUAACUAUGAGAAACGGCCUGGGAAUUUCUCUGGUCAACGGACAGUAUGAGGAGCUGCUCUAUGCUCAUUUUGGUUAGAAAUUCUUAGAAAAAAAGUGGAUAGAAAUGAAUUUUUCAGGUGGAAUCGUUCUGAGCGCCCGACGGUCAAACAACACUUAUCAGUUGACAGGAAGUGUCGAUGUUAUUCAGGUGAAAAAAAGGAUAAAAAAAGAAAUUUACUAGGGAAAUUUUUUUAUAUGAAUGAAGAGAUGAGAACAAUUGAUAGUUUUUCUUUAAAUUAUAAUUUUCCUGAGUUAUUGAAGCCCCUGAAGUUAAAAUGGACAUUUUGACAAUUUUCGAACCGUUUCUUGUGGAGCAACGUGGAGUGAGGAUUUAUAUUAACAAAGAUGAUUUUUUUAAAAAAAGGGUCUUGAAAAUGUUUGUCUCCUAGUAACCUGUUCUAAAUUUUUUUUUUUUCAUUUCAUUUUUUUUUAUUUUACUACUGCUUUUAGCUGUAAGAUUUGAGUUGUACUGCUUAUUUUUUGUAAAAUUUGAUUCAUUUUUUUUUUUUCAAAAAACUAAUUAUAGGUUUUUUUCAGAUAGAUAACCAACUUUUAUCAUCCGAUCGGUGGCAAGUAUUGUACUGUCAACAGGACGUGGACCAGGGCGAAGACGAAGACGGAGAUGAACUUCCUGCUGGGGUAACUAAAAGCCAAAAAAAAAAUGUGGGAAGAAAAAGGCUAGCGCGCUCCACGGAGAAUCGAGAAUUUUUGAUUGAAAAGAGAUUUUUAAUUCCAUUAAUGACGAAUUCCAUUAAUGAGUAUUUUUUAAGACUGUAAAAUCCCUCUAGUGACCACUUAAACUUAUUAGUUAGCUGUGUUUUCAUCUAAAAAUCUCGUGUACUAUAAUAUCCAAGUUAUUUUGAAAAAGUCGGGAAUUUUUUUCUUAUUUCCAGCUGACCUCGGCCCGUCCGGCUUUGAAACUGGAGAUGAACUGCACGCCGAUGAAGCACUACGACUCGUUCGAUGUUUUUUUUUGUUGUGCUGAACUCAAAAAAGUACUGAUUUUUUCAGUGUUUCCGCGUCAAACUCUGCGAUAUGUACGUUCAACUCGACGAGCUUCUUCUAUGGAAAAUUGUCCAAAUGGCGCAGGCGUCAGACGCCGCCGCCAGUGUACAACAACGGGCGCUGAACUUGCCGCCGAGUAUUGAGUGCGUUUUUUGGAGGGUUUUGUUAAGCUUGUGCAAUGGGAGGGGGAGGGUUCGGGUUCGGGUUCAUUGAGCUUUAUUUGAGCUGGUUAAUAAUAAUAUUUCAUAAAAUUUGGAAGGUUUGAACGAAAGGUUCACGCAACCGAAUUAAGAAUUUUGUUGGAGUACAUUUUUUGAAAAACUUCUUGUUUAGGAGGAUUUUUUGUCGCGAAUUAUUGGCUUUAGGCCUUUUUCUGUGAGAAAACAGUGCUUCAAAGCUUCAUCUACGAGAUAAUUAAGUAAACUUUCUAGAAGUGUUUGAGAUAAUUUUUAGAAAAUUCUAAAUUUUUCACUGACAAAGGGAGUUUAAAGGCGGUGGUUUGAGAAAUAUCAAUGUUACUAGAGUGUUUCUUCCCCCUUUCUUGAAAGUAUAUCAAACUUUCAGGUCAAAAAAAUCAUUUUUAACAAAUUUAUGAACGAAAAACCAAUAAAAUACCAGCCAUUUUCCGCUACUGUAGGUACUUUCGAACACACUGAUCCCAAGAAAGUAGAAAAAAAGCGCCUUUUAAGUUCUAGUUGAGCGGGAUCACCUUCCUUGUAUUGAUAUUGAAGCUCAAACGGGAUUUGAACUGGGAGCUUGAAUAAUCCUUUUCAGUCUCGAACGACACGACCCUCUCCAAACACGCCGAUGGUACUUUGGAACGUUGGAUCUUGAAAUGGGACACGUCGCUCUUAGUGGUGAUUUCCAACACCUCAAGAUAUUUUCAGCUCUCUGAUUUUUUAGUGGUAACUGUCUCAAAGUCGGGCCUGCCUCGUGACCUGCGACACCUGAAACAGCAGUUCAACAUGAAGCUGAUCUCCUUCGAAAACGCUUCCGUGACCCUGCCGCCCUUCCGACAGUAUCACUACUUCGAGACGUCUUCAUUCCUUCUGGAAACCCUCCAGAAGUAUUAUGCAUGUAAGCGUGUGGGGCUGAAGAGUUGGGAAAAAAGAGCCAUGAAGACAAGUUUCUAACAAGGAAGGUCAUUUUACCUUGCUGUUUAAAAAAAACUGUUGCAUAUUCAAUGUAAGAAUACAUGUGCAAUCGACUUUCAUUGAGUUAACGAUUCUCUCGGCGCUUUUUUGGCUGUUUUUUAGUAACUAUUUUGGAUUUUGUCAUCUUAAUUUUUUAAAAAUCUUUUUUGACAGUUUUUUUUUGCAGCGGAACUCCAAAAACAGACGCUGAACAUUGUUGUGACGCUCGACGCGUUCGGAAAUCCACUGGGUCUUGUCACCGAUUUGAAAGAUUCAUUCCAAGUAGAAUCGAAUUUCAAGCAUCAAGAUCGAUAAUUUGGAUCCUUCAGGGUCUUUUCAUAGAAGGAGAUGUGCAAAGAUUCGUCGCCGGCCUGGGUUAUGGUCUGUCGAAUAGUGUUUCCAAGGUUUGGAUGGGUUUUUUUUUCUGGAAGAAAGAACGUAGUCAAGUUCCUAGAAUGUACCAGAAUUAAUUUAGAGAAGUUGAAAGGUAAAAAAAAAUAAAAUACAACAUAAGGCCACAAAAUUUUCUUAUCAGUAAUUUUAACCCGAAUUUCACUUCAGAUGGCUUCUUCGGUGGCUUCCGGAGUCGGUUCCUUCACUUUUGACCAGGAACAUGAGCUGAAGCGUCGGCACAACAUGAUUCGAUCUCAUAGGUCUCUAUAGUUCUGACCAUGACAUCAACAAAAGUCUUGUCUUUGAAGUUCUUCGUCGACGCCACUCACGCACUUGUAUUCUGGGGUGAAGGGUCUUGGUGUCGGAGUUCUUGGCGGCGCAACGGCCAUCUUCACGAAUUUCGUCACGGAGAGCAAGAAGAACGGCAUCGUGAAGGUGGGAAUCUUAGAAUUAGCUGGGCAAGACGAGUGGACAAGUUUCAAAGAGGCCCAAGAAACGUCAUUUCACUGUAAAGUUGAAGUUUGGCUAGACUCCUGUUUGAUUUAUCAAAUCGAUCUUUGAAUCAUAAACCGGCUCAACUUCCUAGUUUUCGAGAAAUAAGAGCUUUAUGUUUGAAGUGGCCUGUUCUUGCAGCUUUUAGUGGUUUCUUUGACUUUAAGGUCUGGUAGCUGUGAAUUUUGCAGGUUGAAGCUUUGAGAAUCUUUAUUUAUUUCAUCAAGGAGUUAUCUUGCCAUUUUUGUCACUAUUUUCAGAGAACUCUAAUAAGCUGGUUAAUUGAUUUUCAAUGUAGGGAGUGAUUCGCGGCGUUGCGACGGGAGCUGUCGAUACCGUAACCAAGCCGGUCCAAGGAGUCUUCGACUUUGUCGAAGGGACGGCUUCGGCGAUCAAGGAAGUCGCGAUGCCGGCGACUGGAGUUCGGCGGUUGACUGCCUCGAGGUCUGAAAAUAUAAAAAUGCGUCAUUUUUGAAGUUGUCAAUUCUUGAAAGACAAAUACAAAUAAUAAUCAAUAUUCACAAAAUCGAGUUUUUCGGAUCUUUCACAUUCGAUAGCCCUGAAGAUAGGGAAAAUUGUAAUCAAAACAGAAAAAAAAGGGAAACACAAGAAAAACAAUAUUUUGCCUACAGAAGAGUUCGACCACCGCGACUGUGCCGGAACCUGUACCACCUGCUGCCUUCCUACAAUCCGCUGAUGGCCAACGCACAGCUUGAACUUCUCCGGAUUAACGGAUAUUCUCCGAAGGAACGACUUCUCGACGUGGAGACCUGCCUCGAACAGUUCGACGGUACGGAUCGGAUCAUCCGGCAGUACGUCCUCAUCUCCACCAAACAGUGCUACAUCUGCCAGCAGGUCCUUUUUUGUGUCCUUUUUAUUUUCCGUCAUGUUGCCGUUUGUAUGAAGUCUUUGAACGGUUCAGGUGAACGCCGAUCCGUCUCAUGUGAUCCAGCGACUCGCCUACAAAUGUCUGAAGAACGUCCAGGCCAAGCCGCCCAUCGAGAACUCGUUUGCGAAUAUUGGUCAGUUGGAAAAAGCUCAUGUUGUUCUUGGAAACGAGCUUAUCACUACAUGUUUAAAAAAACUUUCAGUACAAAUGUCAGUUGAAGAUAUAUAUACAGAAAUUCAAUAUUUUCAUUUAUUCUUGUUCGACGUUGAAACUUCGAUCAGACUGGAAUCUUUUUUUUAGUAGUUUUGGUGCUUCUCUUGGUUCACAGUCUAUGACUUCUGAAGUCUAUUUUCCCAUUUCUGAGGACUAUUCAAUUUCAUUGAACAGCAAUAAAAAAUUUUUUUUAACUCAAACUAGGUAAAAAACGAAGACAUACGAAUAGAUUAAGCUCAAUGUUCUGAUGAUAAUAUUGUCAAAAUUUUGUUUUGACGUAAAAACUACUUUCUAAAAAUUCUAGAAAUUGCACUGGUUUAGGCCUCACACUUCUAAAAACUCUGAAAAGAAAAUUUCGCGGCAAAAAAUACUGUGACAUCACAUCAUCUAGGCCUUCAGGGAGUUUUUGCAACGAAAAAAAAAUCAAAUCUCUCAUAUACUCUAUUUGCCGCGACUUGGAACUCUUUGUUUUUUUUGCUGUGGAAAAUGGACUAUAGAAUUCUUCCUUGUUAAAAGCAAACAGAAUUUUGGCGCUUUUCUCGGAUAAAACUACAUCCUUCUCCGAAAAUUGCCCAUCAAGUUCAAAGAUGAGGCGAUUUCAGAAGUGCACUUGGACCUGGAAGAGAGACGACUGAGGUCCGUCCACAUCUGGUGCAGCCGACUCGACGUGGCUCAACGCCUCUGCGACAAAAUCCUCAGGGCCAAACAUCAGUACGACCACAGCAAACGGACUUUGAACGACCUCUCCAGUCGUCCUCGCUUCAAACCGACCGAUUAUGAUGCCGUCGAAGGCUGA